UUCAGUUAACAUACAGAACCGAGACCAGUCUAACAUUUCUCUCCGAACAGUCAACAACACAUAAAAUUCUCAUUUCCCAAAGAUUCUGCGGUUUGUUGGACAUUCUCUCAUUGGACAACUGUCUCAUCUUGACAUGGCUAUGUGCGUCCAAAGCAUCGAUAUUACGGCCAAGUCCGGCGGCAAUUCGGCGACUGUUUCGCUGCGUCACAACGAGCUCAUCAGCAAUUUGCGCGCUUUGGUUGCCGUGCGCUUUGAGCAGGCAAUCAAUUGCAUUGUGCUUGUCUUUGGCGGUCAGGUGCUGUUUGAUGUGGGCACCAUCGAUCUGCAUGGCAUUACCUCGGGUGUGACGGUGCAUGUGGUGCUCAAGCAGCAGCCACAGCUGGCAGCUGCUGCUAUGAGCAGCGAUAACAGCAGCAGCAGCAGCACCACCAAAAAAACCAGCUCGGAAUCCAGCUAUCGCAAUUUAAUCAACAAGAGUGUGGAGCUGUUCAAGUCGCUGCUGGAGGAUCGGGACACGUUGCGCGAUGUGCUGCAGAACGAUCCGCGCAUCAAGGCGCUGGUGGAGGAGAACUCAUCGUUUCGCCAUUACUUGAACAGCGAUCGCAACAUUGACGAGCUGCUCUCGACGGUCUGCAAUCCGGCCAAGGUGGAGGAGCUGCUGCGCAAGCGCGACUUGUAUGUGCUGCGCAUGGAAUGGGUGCCCGGUGGCUAUAGCCUGCUCAGUCGUCUCAACUAUUAUAUGCGUCAGCUGUACGAGGAUAACGUGGCGCUGAAGUAUCAGGAGACGGACGAUUUAUUUUACCACAACGAGGAUCCGCAGCGUGGCCGCGAGAACAAUAUGCCAUUGCCGAAUCCCUGGUGUCCCGAGCAGCUGCUCAUGGAGAAGCUAUUCGGCGCCAAUGUCGAGGAAAUCCUAGCGGAUGUACGCAAGCAAUGUGAUCACAUGAUGCACUGCCUGCGAACAGGCGAUGUGAGCAACGCCCUCAAGCAGGCCGAGACCAAGCGUUGGCAACUGAAGACUUAUGUGCACUCCAAGCGCUCACAGCUUAAGCUCAAGUUCAAACCAGUCACAGAGGCAGUUCUGUCGGCGCUCUGUAAGCCUCAAGCCCAAGCCCAGUCCCCAGCUCAGCCAGCAGCUGUAGCUCCGGUCGCGCUGCAAGCUGGGCCACAACCCAUCUUGACAAGAAGCAUGCCCUUGAAUCCAUUUGACUUCAUGUCCAGCAACGACACACGCUGGGAGCAGCACUUCCAGACGCAGCUGCUGCACUUGAGCGCUCUUGGCCACACGGAUCGCCAGCGCAAUAUCUGCGCUCUGCUCAUGUCCUUCGGCAACAUACAGACGGCGGUGAAGCUGCUGGAGCAGUGGAAUCGUUAGUCCGGACUCGAAACUAGUUUAUUGUUACAUAUGCAGUUCAUCAGCUGAUGCACUGGCUCUGGCUCUGUCAAAACGAAAUCAUGAAUGUUCCAACUAAUAAAUGGUCUUAUUCAUAUACAAGCGGAUUGAUUGAUUUUGCACUCCGGUGAACGGUGAACUGCACUCCAAACUUUUCAUUUCAUUUUGUUUGUACUACUUGCAAAAUAAAAAUAAAUCUC